AUGGCAUCGGCUUCUGCCGCCCCCACAGCGCAUUUAUCCUCCGAUCCAGCAUCGAAAGACAGAUGGGUAUGUAUCUAUCCUGCAUACUUGAAUAGUCGAAAGACCGUGGCUGAAGGCAGGCGAAUUGCGAAAGAAAAGUAAGAAACAAAACGUUACACGAGAGAUUGGACGAUGGACCCUGCAAAGCUUGGCCGUAUCCGUGUGCAGCUGAAGAAAUCCGACGGAACGCCGUGUCAUGCAGAACUCCAGACAAGAAAGCAGAUCCUGCUGUACCUCGGCGACAUGAUUCCCCGCCUCAAGUCGCGCCACACUCACGGCGCAAGCGCAGCAGCGGCCGGAGGAGCAGCUGCUAGCGCUGGUGUAGACCCUGGCACCGCGGCAGCAGCAUCCAGCGGAGGUAGCAGUGGCGGCGGGAAGUCAAACAAAGGAGGCAAGAAGAAGAAGAAGUAAAAGUCACCGCAUCCCGAGGAGAUAGCUUGCUCGGUUAGGAUUCGAAUUUUCUGGUGCUUACACCAGCCUGUAAAUAUGUACAUAGAUUUAAAUGAUUUCUUUGCCGACCAGCUGCCUUUUAUGUGCAGUUUUGCUAGAAUUUAGUAAUUUUUGCUCCGUUCUAUUUGUAUAGUAUUUUGAUAUUAUUUUAUCUCUCAACAUGUGCGCGGGCUAGCAUGCUAUGAAUCAUGCAUGCCAUGACGUGAAAUAUUACAUUUCAACCUUUAAAACAUCCUGAUUGAGUAACGUC